GUCGUCUUCUUGUCGCCCUUUCGCUUUCGCUCUCCUCUCCAGCCCACAAGAAGCCGCCGCAGCCGCAGCCAUGCGCCCGCUUAUCCGAACCGCCCGCUGCUGCCUCAGCGCUCGUGUUCGCGCCAUGGCCACGCUUCCCAUGGCCCCCGCCGCCACCGCCAUCUCCUCCUCCUCCUCCCCCACCAGCCCCCUCUCCACCUCUUCGCUCCCUCACCGCCUCCUCCUCGCCCGCUUCCUCCCCGCCACGCCGGCGCCGGCCGGGACGAGGGGGCUCCGGACGUCCGCGGCGGCUGCAGCCUCCGCCGUCGAGGUGGGCGGCGUCAAUAUCGCGCGCGAGGAUGUCGUCAAGGAGGAUGACCCGACAAACAACGUACCAGACACUAUAUUUUCAAAGAUCGGCCUGCAGUUGCACAGGAGGGAUAACCAUCCUCUAGGGAUUCUGAAGAACACAAUUUACGAUUACUUUGACAAGAACUUUGCUGGGGAGUUUGACAAGUUUGAUGACCUUUGCCCCCUUGUUUCUGUCAAGCAGAAUUUUGAUGAUGUCUUGGUCCCUGAUGACCAUGUAAGCCGGAGUUACAAUGACACGUACUAUGUUGACGGUCAAACCGUCUUGAGGUGUCAUACCAGUGCUCAUCAAGCUGAGCUGCUAAGGGAUGGACGUACACACUUUCUUGUAACUGGGGAUGUUUACCGUAGGGAUUCUAUUGAUUCAACUCACUAUCCUGUCUUCCAUCAGAUGGAAGGCUUCCGUGUCUUCUCUCCAGAUGACUGGUCAGGUUCUGGCAUGGAUGGGACAGCUUAUGCAGCUGCAGAGCUCAAGAAAACGCUGGAAGGCUUGGCAAGACAUCUGUUUGGUGCUGUGGAGAUGCGAUGGGUUGACACUUACUUCCCAUUCACAAACCCAUCCUUCGAGCUCGAAAUAUAUUUUCAGGAUGAUUGGUUGGAAGUUUUGGGAUGUGGAGUCACCGAGCAGGAAAUUUUGAAAAGAAACGGUAGGACAGACCACGUGGCAUGGGCCUUCGGACUGGGCUUGGAGCGCCUCGCAAUGGUCCUUUUUGAUAUUCCAGAUAUUCGACUCUUCUGGUCAAAUGAUCAACGGUUCACAUCCCAGUUCUCAGAAGGCAAGCUUGGUGUCAAGUUCAAGCCAUUUUCAAAGUUUCCACCUUGUUACAAGGAUAUGAGUUUCUGGAUCAAUGAUGCAUUUACGGAGAAUAAUUUAUGCGAAAUUGUCAGAGGAAUCGCUGGAGAUCUUGUAGAGGAGGUAAAGCUCAUCGAUAAUUUCACCAACAAGAAAGGCAUGACGAGUCAUUGCUACAGAAUAGCCUAUAGGUCCAUGGAGCGUUCACUCACAGACGAGGAGAUUAACGACCUGCAGUGGAAUGUCAGGGAAGCUGUGAAAAGUAAACUAAAAGUCGAGUUGAGAUAGAAGUGAGCUAGUUCAGGUGUUAUACCAAGAACUAAUUUCGCCUGUCUUUAUAUGUAAAUUCAUUGAAAAGGUAUUUUUGGUCUAUGGAGAAAGUGGAUUCAUUUGUUUAUGUAUUGAUCCACGUCUUCUAUUCUCUUUAAGGGUAAAAUACCCUGUUCAAAUUGGCUUUCGUUACAUCGUGCAGCUCACAAUGAUAACAAAUGGUGUCCAUUGCUCAGUUUUUGCUGAUAUCAGUGUGUAAUAAGAAGGCCUCUUAUGUA